UAAUCAGGCACAAUGUCAUAGUGAUUUGUCGCCUGUCUACUUUUAGAUAGUCAUUAUGGACUCCUCUGACCUACAUCUUGCAAUUGAUUAUGUUGGAUCAUGUGGUAUCGUUUUGACACCUGAACAAAAGGCGACGCUUAAUACAACACUGACUAUUUUGAGGCACGAAAACAAGUUCUCGUAUGUGUCGUUUUGGGGUAUAAUUCGAGGAAUCAAUGGAGACUAUUUCAUUGCUCAAGGAAUAGGCAAAGAUGUAUUAAAAGAAAAAACAAAUCUGUACAGUAAAGAUUGCACAAUAUGGGGGUUGUUACCAGUACCAGGGAAACAAGAUAUAGAAAAAAGUAAACUUUUCAAAAUGAGACUAACAGGUGAUCCUUCACAUGAAGCUGAAUACGUUGAGGUGAAACAAAUGCCAGGAGAAGGUGAUGAGCUUGUCGAGACUGAAGAACUUAUAACCAUGAAAGAAGAAGAUAGACUUGCUGCUAUUAUUUACCGCAUGGAAGAGGAGGUUGUUAUUGUUCCACGUGGUGCAUUUAUACGAAUGUACAACGGACAAGUUGUGAGAAAUAAAUCUUUUGAAGGUUUAACUUGUGCUGAGGCUUCAAAGCUAUUAUCAUACUUCCAUUGUCGGCCUCCUGUAAAUAUGUCUAACAAACCAUUAGCCGAAAGAGCAAAGCUGGAUAAAGCCAUCGAUUUUUUAGAUACUAUUGAGGAUGAUAAUCCUGAAGCAAGGAAAUCUUCCGGAGAUUUUAACAUUUAAUUCGUAAUCUAGUGGAAUAAUGGCAGUUAUUUGGUACUCAUUAGCUGGUGAUCAUGAGAUUAUUUUUCAUAGGUUGAUAAUAAACAAUAUUCUCCUUUUCGCGUCCAUUUGGACGAAAACUUUUAAUCCAUUAAAUAUCCACAUUAUAAUUCAUACUUAGAAAGGCCUAUUAGCUGCAUAUAUGUUUUGGACUGUAAACUAGUAUCCCC